AUGGCGCCAGCCCUGGGCCCGCACCAGGACAGCAACGUCUCGGACAGGCCUCAGAACGAGGAGGAUGCUAAGAAGCACAUAGCCCAAAUUCAAAAGGCACUGAGUGAAUCGGGGGACCAGGCCAUUCGGAUUAUGGAAUCAAUGAUUGGCUUGCUUGCAAAUACCUUGAGCACGAAGCCCGCCCAGUUCCUCCUCGAGCUGCUUCAAAACGCCGAUGACAACGCGUACGCCGACUCGGUCAACCCGGAGCUGGUGAUCACGUUCACAGAUGAGACUCUGCAGUUCGAUACCAACGAGCUCGGCUUCCGGCGCCAGGAUGUCCAAUCGAUCUGCAGCAUGGGCCAGAGCAGCAAGAAGGAGCCCAAGAAGCAGGAGGGAAAGGCCGCAUCGUGCAUCGGGGAGAAGGGGGUCGGAUUCAAGGCCGUUUUCCGCGUCGCGGAACAGGUCUUCAUCCAUUCGGGCCACUACUCGUUCCAGUUCGACAGUAGAAGGGAGCUGGGGUGCAUCAAACCGGAAUGGGCCGUCUUCCCGGGGAAACCGCGGAUGGGGUGGACCUCGAUUCACCUCAAGCUCAAGCCCGACCUAAACCGCGAACAGUUGCUGGAGGAGAUGGGCAAAUUCGAUGCGACCCUCCUGCUCUUCCUGAAGAGGAUUCGCGUCAUUCGGGUCCAGAUCAAGCCGCUCUACAGCUGGCUCUCCUACAAGAGCUUGAACCGCACGAUACGGAGACUCGACGAUGCGAGCGGUUUGGGCGGGCUUGCAAUGCUGAGUCUGACCCCAAGCACAUUUCCCGGCUACGUUGUCAACCAUUACACGGUUCGCAACAUGCCGCCGGCGCCCGAGAGGCCAAGCUGCGCCGAGUCCGAGAUCGUCCUGGCCUUUCCAAAAGCCCCCCAGCAGCAAACGAAAGCGGCUGGGUUUCCGGGGGAACAUAAGGUGUACGCCUUUCUUCCCAUCCGCAGCUACGGAUUCAAGUUCACCAUCCAGGCCGACUUCUUGCUCCCGGCUAGCCGCGAGGACAUCAUGCUCGAUUCGGAUUGGAAUCGAGCGCUGAGAGAGGCGAUCCCUCCUGCGGUGGUCGACUUCAUUCCCAAGCUCCGCGCCGUUCCGGAGCUGCGAUACCAGUGGCCGAGAUUCUUUCCCGUGAGACACGAUAUGGAUGAUUUCUUCCAUGGCCUGUCGACCAUCAUCGCGAACCAGGUUGCCGGCGAGCAAUGGGUGGAGCAGGAGAGCUCGAAGCCAAGAUUGCCUGGACGCCCUUUGGAUUUGCGUCUCGUCCCAGAGGAGUACGCGGUUGCCAACGAUAAGGUGACGGGAUGUCUCCUGCGGCCCAUCAUCCCCGUUGAUCUCUCGCUCUUUGCAUAUCCAUCAUCCAUGUACCCGAUCGAAAGCUGGGACGGACUGGCCUAUCUCGGGAUGAAGGUCCUCUCGGCGGCCGAGUUUCUCGGGGACCUAUCCAACCUCGUACGCAAGCACACGAGCCGGUUCCAGUCGAUGCCUAGGCCAUGGCACUCGCGGCUCGCUGAGAUCCUUAGCCCGCUCGUCGACAAGCACCAAGGGCUGAUCUUCUCCCUUCCACUGAUCCUCACACAGCAAAACACCUGGGUUGCCCCACAAGACGGGCCGCUCUUUCUCCCAUCCAAGUCUGGCUGCGCUGCGAUGCCCUGGGGGCUGAUGGUGGGGUCGAUGGUGCAUGCGGAUGCUACCGAAGACACCGCGCGCAAAGCCCUGCUCCUCAGGUGUGGGACAACGCCCAUGGAGGACAAGGCAACCAUGUGCCGCGCCGUCACUAACGCCCAUGCUCACAACACUCUCGGUUUCGACAAUCCCAACAAAGUACCCCUGGUCCAUCUAAUCGGCCACACCAAGUUCCUCCGAGAGCAAAGCUGGGUUCUGAAAGGCGGCGCAAAAUACCUCUGGGUCGAGACUGAGGGCGGGAGGCGGCUGCGCAGCGCGGAGGUGUACCUGGACUCUGAAAAUCCGCUAUCGGCCAGCGAGGUAUUCCAAAGACACCGAGGAGGCCGGUUCCCUUUCCUCCAUCCCGCUUACCAGGACGCAUUCCCCAGCAAAGCUGACCAAGGGUGGCUCAUGCACAACUUGAGCCUCAGCACAAUUCCGCGUCUGGUCCAACCGUACCAUAGUCCUGACAACUUUGAGAUCAGCCCCGACUUUCUCUUUCUCGUGCAGGAAUUUCCCGCACUGGAGGUGCUGCAACUACUCAAAACACACUGGACCGAAUACGAACCAUGGAUCAAUCCCACCGCGACGCCCCUUGAAGGAACACCACCCCAUGAUCGCUUACGGGGACAUAUAUCAUCUAUGAAGGUGCCAUGCUGGGGCGGGCUGCUAGCCCCGCUCGGACAGACGUAUCUUCCUCGCAAAAACGUCUUGGCCGUCCUGGACCCGCAGGGAAAAGGCCUCGAGCGGAUGCUCGACGUGCCCGAUCCCGAGGCGAAGAAAUGGGAUAUCCUCCAGCACUUCGGCGUCGUGGUAGAAAUUGGCGCCCUGGCCAUCGUUGAGGCUCUCGACCAGGUUAGGCGGUGUGUUGGGGAGGGUGCAAUCAAGGAGCACAUCGUCAACCUCUACAAGGCGCUCCAAGCCGCUCUCGAAAAGGCCCAGGCUAGUGAGCUAGACGCGGUUAAACUUGCCUUUUCCAGCAGACAGCUGGUGUUUGUUCCGGCUCCGACCCCCAGGUGGCUCAAAGCGGGUCGGUGCGUGUGGGAUGGCCCGUCCGUGCUGCAGCAGUCGGCUGUCCUGAAAAAAUGGUACGGAGAGCUGCGUCACUUUUUCUUUACUAUGCUCGGGAUCGGCAACGCGAACUUGGAAACGGUGGUGGCUGAAGUCAAAGCCCUAACUGCGCACACGGGAGGGGAGCUGGCCCGCAUCGACGGUCUCCUCGAGCUCCUGGCCGACCCCCCCGGAUCCCAACAGCCGCACGCCAAGCUCGACGGGUUGCCGAUCUUCCCCCUCUGGACCGGCAAGCGCAACGCGGAGCGCUUCGACCGCCUCUCGGCCGGCGGUAUUCUAUCGCGGAAUAACGAGUGGUACAUUGCCGACGCACCAGGUUACCUCGAGGGCUUCGAAGGCAAGAUUCCGCUUCUGGCCCUUGCACCACACCUCGGCCCUGUCGAAAAACUGUUGCAUCUGUUGAACUGCGGCGACCGAAAGCUGUCGGAGCUCGUCGGGACCAAGUUUUUCUCGGCCGAGAAAGCCAUCCUCGAUCGCAAGCACUCGACACACCUGCGGGGGAAAUGGAAGUGCAUUGCUCGCCUGAUCCCGCGCUCGCGGCCGGACCGGGAGAGUGACAUACGGGAGCUCAACCGCGUCCUCGUGUACCGCGCCGACGUUGUCUCGGCUAUGCGGACGCUCCGCAAGCCGUGGUGCAAGGACGAGACCGAGGUAGUGGAAGGACACGCUAUCUCGGUCAGCGCGGCUGUUGCCACAAACCCAGGCUCCACACGUAGUGAUGGUCUAAGGAUCUACAUAGCCAACAACCGCCCGGGGCCCGGACAUCUUCCGCUGGAAGUGCACCACCAACUAGCAAAACUGUACGGCAUAAAGAGCCCAAACUCCCUGGCACACCUCUGCCGCGUGCUCUCGAUGGACGACGUGGAGGCCCUCGAGGGUGAGUUGGACCUCGCCGGCAUACCAAAUGAUUUCGCUGAUAUCAGAGAGCCACUUGCCGGUGUUGAUGGCACGAUACCCCUGCCGCCGCACCACGGCCGGGGGAAGGAGGAAGAGCGGGACACUGCCGAAUUACCCGCCACUCAUAGCACCGUUGGCGAUGGAACACUUGAUAACAACCCCCAACCGACCGGGGCCAGCUGGGGUUCCAUCCGUCCCGGCAAACGAGCGACCCUGCCGCCGCACCACGGCCGGGGGAAGGAGGAAGAGCGGGACGCUACCGAAUUACCCGCCACUCAUAGCACCGUUGGCGAUGGAACGCCUGAUAACAACCCCCAACCGACCGGGGCCAGUUGGGGUUCCAUCCGUCCCGGCAAACGAGCGACCAUGGGGUUGGGCAGGGAGGGUAUCAGGCUAACGGGGUUGAAGAUACCCCUGCCGUCGUACGGCAGCUGCUGGCGGAAGGAAGAGGAAGCGCAGGGCAUUGCCGAGUUUUCGGUGAAUAUCUUCUUCUCUCGGACCCUUGGAGAUGCGUAUAAUGCGCUCGAUCACUGGACAAGCAAUGCUCGGAGCAAGUACUGGCACAAAUCGUUCCACAGCCGCGACGCAGAUGUAUCGUCGUUUACCAUCCACGACAAAAGGGGGCUGCUCAAAAGCUAUUUCGAAAAGCAUGACUGUGAUAAGAUGAAAUCGCUGGCAAUACCCGAUCCGACUUUUCAUGUACAGGUUGUUUUCACCAGCGACCCAAGAAACCCAUGCUUCCAGAUCGAGACGAAGCAAGCCGAGAAGAUCUGCUUGAGUGACAGGGAGGUAUUCGUGCUGGCACUCGUUACGGACCUCGAUACGGACCCGAAGGUGGCGCUGGUCCUGGAUCCAUGGCUGCUCCACCGCGACGGCGCCCUCUCGCUCGUGAACCCGCACCCAUUCCAGGGCCGUUUCGAGGAAGCCGUACCGGCCCUGUACGUUCGCGCCGCCGGCGAGGGCGGUGCCGAGCCAGCGCCCGAAAGCGCCGAGCCGCACCGGUACCGACCCCUGAAGACGGAGGAGAUUCGCAUCCUGCGGGUGACUCCCGGAACAGGCGACGCACCCAUCCAUGGCAGAAUCGAGCACGUCCACAUUCGCCAACCGGGAAAGUACUGGGCCAUCUCGUACGUCUGGGGCCUACCCGACCCUGCACGGGACCAACGGCACUAUGUCGAGACGGCCGGGGGCGGCCGAAUCAAGACCACGCAGUCUCUAGACGCCGUCAUCCGCACGCUGCGCGAGGAGAGCGAGGGCCCGCUCUGCCUGUGGGUCGACGCCGUGAGCAUCAACCAGCGCGACCACCAGGAGAAGGCGCAGCAAAUCCGCAAAAUGGGGAAAAUUUUCAGCAAGGCCGAGCGCGUGAUCGCCUGGCUCGGCGACGAGGCGGACGGCAGCCACGAGGCCCUAGAAGCGCUAGCCAAGAUGCAGACACCCGGUGGUGGUGGUGGUGGUGGGAGUCUUUGCCGUGCGGUACCCAGCGACGAUGAUCCCAUCUGGAGGAAGAUUAACGCGCUGGUGCGGCGGCCGUGGUUCCGGCGGGCCUGGGUCACGCAAGAGCUCGUCCUGUCGUCCAAGGUUGUCCUCCGGUGUGGCCGGCGGUCGGCGAUGGACUGGGACGCCUUCUUCGGGGCGCUGGAGGUUUGCGAGCAGGGACCGGCGGACGGGGGAUUUCUCUCCGGAUUUCUCUCCGACGCCGGCUCGGCGCUGGCGCUGGGCACCACGCGGCGCAGGUGGAGGCCCGAGUGCCCGUACGGGCUGCUGGAGCUGCUGGAGCUGUUCAGCCACACCCGCGCCACCAUCGAGGCCGAUAAGCUCUUUUCGCUGCUCGGCCUCGCGCGCAACGGCACGAACAGGUUUUUCCGCCCGGACUACGACUCGGCUUUUGAGGACGUGGUGUGGAACUACGCUGCGGGGCUUAUAGACUGCGACCAAGGCAUGCAUCUGCUCUCCCUCGCCGGCGGUAAAAAGUCGUACGACUUUAGCUCGUGGGUCCCACGGCUCACACGGGGGGACUUCCCGGCCACCAUCUCGACCUGGAACGCCGGUGCCGGGCGGUUCCGCGCCGGGCCCCCCAUCUCGCCGUCGUUUGUAAUCGGAGGCGAUUCCUCCAAAAAGCAUCUCCGCGUCCAGGGCUACGCCAUCGACACGGUCUGGCGCACCACCACCGUCUUUAUAAUACAGCGGGACUGCCUCUACGUCUCGGAGGCGCUCAGGACCUUUCGUAGGUUGCUGGAACCCUUCCGCGACGGUUUGUACCAAGACUCGGAGUCGCUAGAAGACCUCUUGUUCAGGGUGCCGAUCGGCGACGCCCGCGCGCCCUGCGUCGACGCGUCGCCGGUGUGUUUGCGGGGUCGGAACGACCGGCCACCCCUGGGCGACCAGAACGGCGACGGCUCGUCGGGCCAGGCUGCGACGUGGCCGCCGAACCUCCGGCAGCUGGUCUUGGGCCGCAGCGAGCUGGAUCCGGAGAGGGACGUUGAAGCGCUGUCGGAGCCGGACAAGGAGGCCUGGGUGCUGUACUGGCAGACCGCCGCGGCCUUCUCGCGGCGCCUCGGCAACGCCGUCUUUUGCGAAACGGACAAGGGAUUCGUAGGCCUGGCGCCGGAAGAUACCAAAGCCGGCGACAAGAUCUGCUUGCUGCACGACGCCAAAGCGCCAUUCCUCCUACGUAGGCGGCCUGGUGUGGCUCCCACGUGGUCGCUUAUUGGCGAGGGCUAUAUUCACGGCAUUAUGUACGGCGAAGGCGUACCUAGCGGUCCGGCGGAGGAUUUCAGUUUAGUGUAA